CGUUGUAAACAUAGAUCAUUCCCCACCACUAUCACAUGCACGAUUUGUGUACAACCGCGAGUUUGAUUAAUAAUAUAAUUUAAAUCUGAUACCGUCAAGAGAAAGUCCCAAAAAUGGAGGAAGUUCUCGAGACGAUGCAGCUGGAGAACAUGCACUGCGAUGUGUGCGAGGGUACCACCUUCCAGGAGCGCGAGGGAUUCUACUACUGCGUAGAGUGUGGCACACAGAAGGAUCAGAUUCGUGCAGUGGACAUUACCGCCGAGGAUAACUUUGAUGACACGGCAGCAGGCCGAUAUACAGCCAGGACGAUCCGACAGAAGAAGGAUACGGAGAAGGAGGAUGAGGACGAUAUCACCUCGUGGGAAUUCUACAACUACGUGCUGCGCGGCUUCCUCCAGGAGCUGCUCAACAUGGGCGCCAAGCCGGAGCUCAAACUGAUGACCCUGCAAGUGUGGGCGGCUUACUUGGACAGCAUGGAGGUGGCCUUCAGCAAGAGCAACAAGACGGGACUGCCUAAACUGAAUGUGCGGGCGCUGCCCAUAGAUGCCCGCAUCAUCUACAACCAUAAGACAUUCAAGAAAGGCAAAAAGGGCAAGAAGAGCACUCUAACGGGUGACCCAAAUGACGAGCGCGCCAAGUUCAGAUUGUGGAACAGAACUAAGCGCAAUCUAGACGCCUCCGGCUACCGCUCGCACGGAGGAGCUUCAGAGUCCGAAGGGGAGCAGAGUCUCCACCUGCAAUGGUCAAUGCGUGCACGCAAGUCCUUGAAGCGCCAUAUGCCGCUGAAGCACCUGGACAAGCAUAGCCGCGACAGCAAGGGUAGUAUGUCGUGCCACAGCUUGAGACCGAGGGUCAAGCAGCUCCACAAUUUUGAUCGUAACAUCUACUGCCUGAAUAUUAUCAAGUUGUAUGUGGUGCUGGGCAUAGCCCUUAAUAUGGUGGAGGAUGAUAUACAGCUAUCGGACUUGCUGCGCUUCAUUGAUGAGGAGCACUUGACCAAGCGGUGCAUGCUUAACUAUCUGCCCGGAAAUGUGGCGGCCAAGGGCAAGGCACUGCUCAAAGAUAUGGAGCUCAGCAAAAUGAAAGACAAGGUUACCAACAAGCUUCUGCGUGUAAACAUCGCGUGUAUGUCACGAUUCAUAAACUUGUCUGAAUAUCAAAAACCGAACCUGCACUCCCUAGCGGAGCGAUAUAUUCUGGAGUUGGCACUGCCACCUCGGCUACUGAAGUACGUGAAUAGCCUGCUUGACCUGCAUCCGCCCACUUUUUUUAACGCCAUGACCGUACAUCCGUAUCCGCGCUAUGAGGCCAGGACUAUGGCCUACAUCCUCUACGCCAUGAAGUUGCUCUUCGGCUUGGACGAUCUCAAGGAGCGGAAUAUAUCUGAAUCGGCCGCUAAAAUCAAUGAAAAACUGCUGGAAGUCGGCGGAGAUGAGGCUCCCUUGCUUUUUGUUUUUACCGAGUGGAUGGAGUUUGUGGAGAUGAGGAAAGUGAUUGUCUCACAUUACAACCAAAGUUUUGCCCGUCGCUUCGGGGUAUCCACCCGGACUGGUUGUCAGGUGGACGACAUACUGGCAAAGGAGUGGAAAGAGAAGGAGCAAGGCGAAACCUUUGGCUGGAUGCAGGGAUCUGCGGCAAUGAAGCGUCAGCAUGAAAACCUGACACACAUUAUUGAAACCAUGCUGAAGGACCAUUUUGGCGAGUCCAGCAAAGAAAGUAUGGAGAAGGAACACAUUGAAUUCCAGCCCAGCUUGACUCCGGCUCACUCCUACUUCAACAGAAUCCUACUCCAAGUAUCGCGGUCUGAUGGUGCAAAAAUGAAAAUCACAAUUCCUGACCACAUGAAAGUGGAUCACUCGGCCCGCAACCUGGAUCCCUUUGUGCUGGAAACGACCGAGCUGUCGCAGUAUUUGUCCCAACAUGGCCUUAAACUACGAGUAGAGGAGCUUGCCUGCCAGGAGGACAUCCAAAACGUGGGCAUAUUCCGCCCACUAACAAUAAUCCGAGGUGACGGUCGAGAAUACCGCGCCAACACUGAAAUUAAAACCGAGACGUGGAUAAGCGAGCUAAAGCGUAAGGAGAAACGGCCGGACUUUCGGUUCACACAGCCCACUGGAACCUAUGGAGCCCGAUAUUUGAAACGUAUAACAAUGCGCGACGCAAGGCGUGUGCAACUUGAGAUAAAUAAUCCGUUUUGGGAUGUUACCGAAACGCCCAGCUUUCUUCUCAAACUCAACGAUAACGAGAUACCACUUGACAGCCUUAGCUCACUGCAAACCUUCGAGGAAGGGACCAUGGAUCCAUUAAACAUCCCUCUAGAUCUGCCCCGUCGCAAUCUGGAAAAAAUUUUGAAUCCGGAAGGUUCUGAUAGAGCAUCAGACCAAGUAGCGAGCGAUAUCAAUGAUGAGCCGCCAAGCCCUGAGACGCUGUUAUUGCAAGUGUCAAAUUUUGAUUGCUGGCUUCUACACGGCUAUAUGAAAAGAAUUCGGAGGCAUGACAAGCAUGAACUGCGUCAGUUGUUCCCCUGUUCCUUCCGUUGGCUCUUGGAGACGUGUGCCAGCACAAUAGGCAUAGUCUGGGAGGAGCUCUACGAGGAACUGCUCAUUGUGGAAGUGAUGUACCAUCACAGCAUCAGGGACUGGAGCAAUCAUAGGAACUAUCUGUGUAUUCAACACAAUACUCAAGAGAAGGACAUCCGAACCCUCGCCAGGACGUACAAGGAGUUAUGGUAGUAUAUUAGAAGUAUUAAAAGUUUUGAAUUAACAAACAACGAUGCCAUCUGUAUAAAAUAUAAUAUUCUUCUACGUAGUGCUCUACCUCAAAUGAUAGAUUUUCUUUUUGUGUAUAUAACCUGUAGAAAUCUUUCAACAGUGAUUAUGAUGCAAAUAAAUCUGUGUGUUAAGCAGUUACCAAAGUACAAACAUGACACACCCACUACGUCAAUAGCUUAAGUUCAGGAAUUUAUGAUUUACACACUUAUCGAAAGUGAUCAAUUCAUUUAACAAAAAUAUUCGUUGUCUACCCAUACGUUUUCCUAUGCCCAAAUGUUAAAUUUGCAUCCAUUUUAGAUUGAAACGAUCUAUGUAUUAAGGGGCAGUGUUAUCUCCUUGGCCGCGACUGUGUGAGCAAAGGCACAUUAACAUCAAUAUCAAUAGGCAAAUUAGCGUUUAUCAGAACAACAACAAUCACAUUAGCAGCAACAAUGCGUGUCGCGGUUUUGUUUACAAAAAUCUUCUUCAAAAGAGAGCGCCAGGCCCCACGGUCAUCACCAACUGGAGAGAGCAAAAAAAGAGCGUGAGAGUACUUGGGGAAACAGAGGAGCUCACUUGGCUUGUUUUUGAACAGUUCUACUUAUAAAGUAAUUAUACCAAAUAAACAACAAAAUAAAAUAAAUAAACC